GGAUUUCAUUACCCAUGGAUAACGAAACAAGGAGUAUCAUGCCAUCUACUGGCAAGUUAAAAGUAUAACAACUGGAAAGAAACUGAAGAUUAUUACAACCGCCGCCUUUUGUUCUAGGAGAGAGUGUUUGUUGCCUCCGCACUUGGCUUUAUUAGUUAGUUUCCUGCUCUGGCCCUCCUAACCAACUUUACACACACAUCAAACAUCUCAAGACUUCUCUCCCUGCAAGCAACAUGCCAUCUAGCUCACACAGUCCGACCAUGCACAUUAUGUAGAAGAGCCUUGGCUGCUUCUUCUUCUCUUGUUCUUACAAAUUAAGUGCCCAGGGCUGAUGCUUGUGCUGUGGUUGGCGGUCACGUCGGCGACACAAGGGCGAGGGCAGAUGAGGAAUGCGAAUAAUAAUCUGACGAGAGGGAGUUUCCCCAAGGGCUUCGUCUUCGGCACGGCCACCUCCGCCUAUCAGCACGAGGGAGCCGUCAAGGAGGAUGGAAGAGGACCUACAAUUUGGGACAAAUUCGCGCACACGUUUGGGAAGAUCCUUGACUUCAGCAAUGCUGAUAUUGCAGUUGACCACUACCACCGUUUUGAGGAGGACAUUCAGCUCAUGGCAAAUAUGGGCUUGGAUGCGUACAGAUUCUCAAUUGCAUGGUCUCGGAUUCUCCCAAAUGGUACCGGUGAGGUCAACCAGGCAGGCAUUGACCACUACAACAAGGUGAUAGAUGCACUCCUAGCAAAAGUAGGGAUCGAGCCAUAUGUAACUCUCUACCAUUGGGACCUUCCUCAAGCCCUGGAGGACAAGUACAUGGGACUGCUUGAUAGACAGAUAAUCAACGACUAUGCCGCCUAUGCGGAGACGUGUUUCAAGGCGUUUGGGGACAGGGUGAAGCGUUGGAUCACCUUUAACGAGCCACACACGGUAGCGGUGCAGGGCUACGACAGCGGUAUCCAUGCCCCGGGCCGAUGCUCCGUGUUCCGCCACCUCUGCUGCAAACAAGGGAGCUCCGGCACCGAGCCCUACAUUGUUGCCCACAACAUCAUCCUGGCUCAUGCUAAGGUUUCAGACAUGUAUAGGAAUAAGUACAAGGCAGACCAGAAUGGAGAGUUGGGGAUGUCGCUCAAUGUCAUAUGGUACGAGCCUAUCUCAAACUCCACAGCUGAUGUUGAAGCAACCAAGAGAGCACAAGAGUUCCAGCUAGGAUGGUUUGCCGAUCCCUUCUUCUUAGGCGAUUACCCGGCAACGAUGAGAUCGAGGGUCGGACAAAGGCUGCCUAGGUUCACGACCAAAGAGGCUGAUUUGGUCAAGGGCUCGCUAGACUUUGUGGGGAUCAAUCACUACACCACAUUCUACACAAAGGAUGACCAUUCCAGUGUCACCAAAUACUUGUUGAAUGAUACCUUGACAGACAGCCAAUCCAUCAGCCUCCCCUUCAGAAAUGGGAAGGCAAUUGGAGAUAAGGCCAAUUCGAUAUGGUUGUACAUUGUUCCCGUCAGCAUGAGGAAACUCAUGAACUAUGUGAAAGAUAGAUACAACACACCAACUGUCUACAUCACAGAAAAUGGGAUGGAUGACAGUAAUAGCCCCUUUAUCCCCCUCAAGAAGGCCCUCAAGGACUCAAAAAGGAUCAAGUACCACAAUGACUACCUUACAAAUCUAGCUGAUUCCAUAAGGGAGGAUGGUUGCAAUGUUCUUGGUUAUUUUGCAUGGUCCUUUCUUGACAAUUGGGAGUGGACUGCUGGAUACACCUCAAGAUUUGGGUUGUACUUUGUCGACUACACGGAUAACCUCAAGAGAUAUCCCAAGAACUCAGUUCAGUGGUUCAAGAAUUUCUUGUCAUCCUCUUGAUCAAAAUUUUAUAGCUAAUGUUAGAGUCCAUGAAUGUACUUGAGAAUUUAUGCACUCAUUUAUUGUAUAUAUAUACAACUAACUUCAGAAACGUGUUGUACAUAGUUAUGGGUUCAACAUGAUAAUAAAAGAA